UUUGCCAAACUGUUAAAUAAUAAUUAUUAAAUCUACAUGUAAGAGAGAGACAGCGGAAUAAGACAGAAAGAGGUGCCUGGGGGAUCUGUAGGCUGUAGCCUCCCUCCCCCACUGGCUACAACUUCAGGUUUAAUCUGUUCAGAGGCGAUCAAAGGUUGAAACUUUGUCAAAUUUCAGGCAAAUUUUUAGAACUAGGAGGGUUUGAAUCUGGUAGUUGAAAAUGGGGGUUAUGUCCAGACGGGCUCUUCCUGUCUGUGGUAGCAUCUGCAUUUUCUGUCCGUCGCUGCGAGCGAGGUCAAGACAACCAGUGAAAAGAUAUAAGAAGCUCCUUGCAGAAAUAUUUCCUAAAAAUCAGGAUAUUGAGCCAAAUGACAGAAAGAUUGGGAAGCUUUGUGAAUAUGUAUCAAAGAAUCCGCUAAGAGUUCCUAAGAUAACGGAAUACCUAGAACAACGAUUUUACAAGGAUUUACGAAAUGGGAAUGUUGGAUCAGCAAAGGUUGUUCUGUGCGUGUACAGGAAAUUUAUAUCUUCAUGUAAGGAGCAGAUGCCAUUGUUUGCGAGCAGUUUAUUAGGAAUCAUUCGAACUCUUCUAGAUCAAACGAGCCAAGAGGAAAUGCAAAUAUUGGCUUGCAAUGCCCUUGUCGACUUCUUAAAUGUCCAGGUGGAGAGCACAUAUAUGUUCAACAUAGAAGGUCUUGUUCCCAAACUUUGUCAACUAGCUCAAGAAGUAGGGAAUGAUGAUAGAUCUUUUUGCCUGCGGGCAGCUGGAUUGCAAGCGCUUUCCUCAAUGGUGCAAUUCAUGGGUGAACAGUCCCACAUUCCCAUGGAAUUUGACAAAAUCAUAUCGGCAACUUUAGAUAAUUUUGCGGAUACCCAAAUUAUGCUUUUGAAUGGCAAGCUGGAUGGAGUAAUUUGUGAAAGCCCAGAUCAAUGUAGCCGAGUAUCAACAAACACAGAUGAUAAUAGGCUGUCAACUGUAAACAUUUGCAAAGAUGUCACUUCUUCAGUGGACCUUCACAACAUUAAACAACAAUUAGAACUACCAAUGAAUGCUUCAAAAAGUCCUUCUUAUUGGGCUAAGGUCUGCUUGUAUAAUAUGGCUGGCUUAGCGAAGGAAGCUACAACUGUCAGGCGUGUACUUGAACCCUUUUUCCAUAUUUUUGAUUCAGAAGACUGCUGGUGUCCCGAGAGGGGGCUUGCCUUUUCUGUCUUGAUGUAUAUGCAAGUGGUGUUGGAAGAUUCAGCUGCGGAAAACUCUCAUUUAUUAUUAUCAAUCUUGGUGAAGCACUUGGAUCAUAAAAAUGUUGCCAAGCAGCCUCUUAAACAGAUCAGUAUCAUUCAUGUCAUCAGGCAACUUGCACAGUAUGUUAAGCAACAAGCUUCAGUUUCACUAACAGGUGCAUUGACUGACCUAAUAAAGCAUCUACGCAAAUGCAUGCAAUAUUCAGUAGACGUAUCUAGCUCUGGAAGUGGCGCAGAGAAGUUAAAUGCAGAUCUUCAGUCAGCAUUAGAAAAAUGUAUCUCGCAGCUGUCAAGUAAGGUUGGAGAUGUUGGGCCAAUUCUUGAUAUGAUGGCCGUAGUGCUUGAGAAUGUUCCAAAUAGCAACAUUGUUGCCAGAACAACGAUCUUCUCUGUUUAUCGCACUGCUCGGAUAGUAUCUUCCCUACCCAAUAUAUCUUAUCACAAAAAGACCUUUCCUGAUGCUUUAUUUCACCAACUGCUUUUAGCCAUGAGCCAUACAGAUAAUGAAACUCGAAUCGGGGCACACCGCAUAUUGGCCUCUGUGCUUAUGCCCUCUUUGAUUUGCCCUUGGUCAGACCUAAAAGAGCUGGCUUUGCUAAACGGUUUUGGGCCUUCAUCCAUUCUUCCAAAAUUGGAAGCAAAAGGUGGAAGUAACUCCAUUCCUGAGGAAAGUGAAGAGAAAGUACAAUCUAUGGACACAUUGGAAGACAGCCAGAGAUGGAAUGAUGUAAAUCAGUCUCAAGUUUGUCGAUCACAUAGUAACUCUUACAGUUUUAAGAGUGCUAUGACCAAUGGAAAUAUGGAGCUUGCUUCACUUAGACUGAGUAGUCAUCAAGUCAGUCUCUUGCUUUCCUCUAUCUGGGUUCAGGCAACUUGUAGAGAAAAUAUUCCUUUCAAUUUUGAAGCAAUGGCUCACACUUACAGUAUUGCUUUGCUACUGACCCGGACCAAGACUUCCAGUCAUGUGGCUCUGGUUAGGUGUUUCCAGUUAGCAUUUUCUCUGAGGAGCAUAUCCCUUGAUCAAGAAGGAGGUCUACAACCAUCUCGAAGAAGAUCUCUCUUCACCAUGGCAUCGAGCAUGCUUAUAUUUUCAGCAAGAGCAGGCAAUCUUCCGGAGCUGAUCCCUAUUGUUAAAUCAUCUUUGACAAAUAUAACUGUUGAUCCUUAUCUGGAGUUGGUUGACAAUAUCAGACUCGAAGCAGUCAUCCAGAAACUAGUUGAUGGUGGAAGGACCUAUGGAUCAGAUGAAGAUGAAUUUGCUGCAUUAAAAUCUCUUUCAGCUGUAGAAUCAGAUGAACAACAGUUGAAAGAAACUGUUUUAUCUCACUUGAUUUCCAAAUUCAAGGAGUUAUCAGAGGAUGAAUUAUCUAGCAUAAAGAAACAACUUUUGCAGGGAUUUUCACCAGAUGAGUCAUAUCCUUUGGGUGCUCCAUUAUUCAUGGAGACACCACAACAAAGCUUCCCACUUGCACAGCUAGACUUUCAAUCUUUUGACGAGGUGGGCACUUCAUUGUUUGACGAAGCCUUACCUGAUGCUAGUGGAAGCCAAAGCCAAUCUGGUCGUAAGACAUCCAGUUCCUCCAAUGCACUUGAUAUUCUAAAUGUGAAUCAGCUUCUCGAGUCGGUGUUGGAAACAGCUCAACAAGUGGCUAACUUGCCUUCCUCCACCACCCUCAUAUCGUAUGACCAAGUGAGAAACCAAUGUGAGGCCCUUGUGACUGGUAAGCAACAGAAGAUGUCAGUGCUCCAAAGUUUCAAGCAGCAACAGGAAACCAAAGCUAUUGUUCUUGCUGAUGAUACUGAGAUGAAGAGGCCCACAAUCAUGGACAGGCCUAUGGAGGAGGAACCUAUUCCAGAUUCGAUAGGCAAAGAAAUGAUCCAACGCCAUGAUCAGUUGUAUCCUUGCUCAUUGGAGUAUGGUUAUCAAUCUUUUCGGUUACCACCUGCAAGCCCCUAUGACAAGUUUUUGAAAGCUGCUGGAUGCUAAAUUGAACAGGUUAACUCUGUAUUUCAUGUAUGUAAUAGUAUAAUAAUUCCAUUUUUUUUCCUUUUAUAAUCUCCAUUUCUUUGUAAGUUUACCAUAAGUGGUUAAUUUUUUCAUUCUUUGUAAUAGAAAGUUAUGUUAUAUAGUAUACAAGUUGAAAUAUAAAAAUUUUUGGUUGGUUGAGUUGUGAUAAAAGUAUAGAACCAUGUUGAGACACCUAAAUUGGUGUUUUAACUUGCAACCGUAAUCAGCAGAAUGUAUCUUUUAUUAAAAAAAAAA